UUUGAUAAGCGGGGGUGGGGAGCUUAUAAAUAGGGGUGCCGCCACAGGAAGAGCUAGCAUUUCGACGUAGGACGUCAACGAGGAUACGUCGUGUUUAGGGAAAUUUUUGACUUGCGACAAAUAGACUGUUAUCAUUCGAUUGAUAUCACGGUACUGUCGUUCUUGUAACUUGAAGAGUUUACGCGAUUGAUUUAUAAUUGGUCUCUGCACCUGUGGCAACUCAUUCGUUAAUAAAUCAUCGUUUUUUCGCAUCUUGAAGAAACUUACGAUUUACUCUUCUUACAAUCUUCGAACUACUCGAAUAUGUUGAAAAAGGUGCUUACUAAAUCUGGCAGAAGAAUUUUGAGGGCCAUCAAAAAAUUGUCUACAAAAAAGCCCAUGGUAAAGAAAUCUCAAAAUUCAAAUACCGACGUGACAUCAGCGACAUCCUGGCCAUCGAUAAUUCCGGAUCACGAGGAGAUGUCCUUGUCCUGGUCUUUGACGUCUCUGGACACCAAGAGCGUCGACACAUAUGUGACGUAUGUGGUAGAAGGACUGGAGGAUAAUGAAUCAAGAUGUUGUUGCUGUAAGGAGUACGAGGAAAAUCAAAAGAAUGAAAAUCGCGAAAACGAAAUGAUAAUUUAGUUCAUAACUUUUGCAUAAGUCCACUCGUAUCGUCUUACACUUACGUUUUGAAAUUCCCGCCGCAAUCAAAGAAAUGAAAAUAUGGGUGAAAAUUUUAAAAUCAAGUAGCGGAUCUUCCCACUCGGCGUUAACUCGUUAAUUUUUCACUGCUGAUAUCGCAUAAUUCGUUACGUCACAAGCUGACAACUCUGUCUCCACAUAUCACAUAAAAGAUUGGAAUAUUUGCUUGGGAGAAAGCAAAACCAGAAUUUUCGACGAUUCGGUUCCGAGUGGAGAUUCCUCUAAGAAGAAGAACGCAACAAGAGAUUAUUUGUAUAAAUAUUAAUUUUAAGUAUCUUUAAAUACGAGAUAACAGCUUUUAUUUAUUUCUUGCAAGAAAUAUCGACUUUAAUUACUCGGCCACUAUUAGUAGUGUAUAUGACUUACGUAUUGCAUUACCACACGAUGUUUAAUUUUCGUCUGACAAUACGUAGAGUUUGUGGCUCAUAAGCGUAUCUUGUUUACCUAGAUACGUCGCUGAAGUUCUCUUGUGAAUUUAAAUAUUGAAAAAUGUCCUGCUGGACUUUUCCAAUUUCUCUUCUAUCUCUUUUCCAGUCUUUUGCAUCCUUCGCAUCCUAUCGAUUGAUUACUUCGUUUGCAAGUUAGGUUGGUCUGACGCCCUUCUUCAGUCGUUUCUCAUAUAAAAAAACGAAUUAGCAUUUAAUUCCUCAUUAUCAUCCCGAGCCACGUAUCUAUCAUUCGAAUAAUCAAUCAAACAAAAAUGAGAAAAAUCUUGACACAACAUGGUACAAAAGAGCUGACGUUAUACAUUGCUGUAAUGUAAUAAGAUUAGUCGUCCUUUUCAAUGGAAAUUUUCAAUCGGUGUAGGUGUGUCGAUGAAUUAUUUUCUUUUUCUAAAAAUUACUUGUCUCUAGACGCGUCACUGAUCCGCGAUGUCACCAGUAGUUCCGGUUUGAUAAUUCUUGACAAAAGUACAUCUCAUUAACGAGAAGAACGACGUAAAACGCAAUAACAGAUAUAUCGAUCGUUCUUGAGAUCAAUAUUAAUCCUAUUAUGAAAAGGUACCUAAGAACCUUUGCUCAACUAGAUUUUUGAAAAAAAAAAAGAUAAACUGUAUGCAUAUUAUGUGUGUCCACACAAUAUUAUAUGGAUAUAUGUAUUUUCCCUGACAACUUUGUAAAUAAGAUUAUUAUAGUCAAUGUAUAUUAGAGACAGAUUUAUAUGUAUAUAGACAGAUAAUUAAUUAAGGCUGUGAAUUUAUAAUUGACACGAGA